CGCGGGACUGGCUGGACCCAUCUUGAACCGGACGAGAGAAGUGGACGGGCGGAAGGACCGAGUGAGACUCUCUUUCUCUCAGUCAGUAGUAGUCUCUCUCCCUCCUUCUCUCCUUCUCUCUCUCUCUGUCUCUGUGCCCCCUUGCUGGACCUACUCCAUACCGUGUCUACUCCGUACAUAUGUACUUCCUAAGCCCCUUCGACUAGAGCACGUUCCCCGAUAUCCACUUGGCUUAAUUCUGUUUGUCCUCCACCCUGGGCCAGCCUGAGAAUCAGACCGCACCGCACCGUACCGCACCACUUUCUGCCGCGGCUCCACGUCUGAAGGUGCCAGCCAACCCAGCCCACCGGGGCCCGACCACCAUUGGGGAAUUAUCGUCGUGACCUCUGACGGGCAGACUUUUCUUUUCUAUUUUUUCCUAGUCCCUUGCCCUUUCUCCUCCUGCUCCUCAAGUAUACCAGACAGACAUAUGCCAACAGAGGAAAACGUCGAGCCACGCCCUACACCGCCAUCCUCUCUGCCGCCGCCGUGCCCCUCACGCACACGCCCACGCACACGCGCACACGCACACGCUCAGGCUCAGGCCUUUCAAGGCUCCGCCACAGGCUCUCGCCCACGUAUCUAAACCUACCUGCCUGCCUACCUCAUACACCUACCGCGAACAAGGUUCUUGUAGCCAAACAGCUGUCUCGCCUCUUAUCUUUUCGGGUCCCCUUGCCGAGCCUAGGCUUGACUGAGUCUCGUCUGGACGGAAACCAAAUCGUUCAACCGCCCCGGCUUUGCCUUCCUGCACGCGACCUGUGACCUUAACACCCCCCCCCUGCCACCGGCUCCCUGCGCCGUUGAGAAUUCCGACUUCACCAAGACCAGCGCAGAGGCUGCCUGUCAGAAAACCGAUCGAUCCUGGGGUCGGCGACCCUUUCCCCAGAUGAUAUCUCUCUUCCCACCUUUUUUCCAGUCCACUCACCACUUGAGGCUACCUCGCGCCAACUGCCACUUGUGGUAAUUCCCGAUUGGGCUUUCAACACAACACUUACUUCUUAGUUGUUGAGUUGUCUGCUUGGCCACUCGGUGCUCUUAUUACCUAGGGGCAGAAUCCAACGUCAACAAUAAUUAUCUACAUGCGCUGAGCCAGGUCGCAACUUGAUAUUCCGCCCAACUCACCCAAGCCGGGAGAUCUACGAGGCUGCACGAGCCCUUGCUCCAAUCACUUGCAGCCAUAACCGAGCAUACCUGCAUCUUGUCUGAUAUCAGAGUUGUCCUGCAGCCCGGUUGCAGGAGUUGGCAAGCCACUCGCACGAACCCACGAGCGACUCUGCAGGGUGUGGGUGACAGCGAGAAGCAGGUAGGGUGACUUUCCGCAUCGCACGGGGAAAACAAGACGGGGAAACCUUAUCUUUCCUCCUUGCUCCCACCAGUCCCCUCCUGAGUCCAGUCUGGUGACCUCGGGACGCUCAGACGACACAUAAAUCGCCCGACGCCCGUCCCGCGCAUACCUUCUCGUGGCCCAAUCAUAUUUCUUUGACUGGUCUACGACAUCACUACCACGCGUCUUCGCAACUGCGAGACCCCAAGGCAUACAAAUUCUCUCCCCGCAACUCUGUCAGUCACUGGCUGCCGCCAUCAUCGCCACAGACUGAGCCAACCAUCUCGGCCUUGUCCCGGGCGCCAUUGGCUCGCGGUGGUCGGACUGAGUUACGUGGAGGAGUAAGGAUCUCGGCACGGCUUCUAUCAGGAAUGGCCAUUUGCUCAACAAAGUCCGAGAUGCCUCACGCGGAACUGCCUCAUCGGCCUGCUCAGCAAGCCCCAGCACAGAGCAUCCCUAUCAGGACGAAGCCGGUUGAGGAGCGGAGACACAAACACUCGAGGUCAUCAUACUCGGAGGCCGGCUCUUUCAUGAAUUCGCGAAACAACUCUCUCACCUUCCGUCCCGCCAAGCGCUCCAUGCCGUCCCCAAAUAAGACCAUUGCUAUCAUCAACGCCGGCGGACGACAGGCCUCAUCUCUCAUCAGAUAUGUCACCGCUGUGGGGUACCACGUGAGAGCCCAGAUGAGAAAUCUUGAGGGCGUCAUCGCGACUGAGAUCAGGCAAAACCCUCAUGUCACCCUGCUGGUAGGCGAGCUCUACACGAGGCAAGGCGCUACUUCGGAAAAGGCAGAUGUGACCCAGAGUGGACCCAUGUAUGGCAUAGGGGUAAAUCACCAGCUGAUCUCGGAGCUUUUCCGGGGGGCUCAGCUCGCCUUCAUCAACACGACAUUCUACGGAGAUGAGAUCAAGAUUGGUGAGGCCCUGGCGGACGCAGCGCGUAGGGCCGGCAUCCAGCACUACGUCUAUUCCUCGAUGCCUGACCAUCAUACCUACAACGAGGACUGGCCCAGCUUACCACUGUGGGCUCCCAAGCAGAAGGUGGAGGAGCAUGUGAAGCAGAUCGGCCUGCCGGCCACCUUUGUCUACACGGGCAUUUACAACAACAACUUUACCAGCCUGCCAUAUCCCCUCUUUUGCAUGGAAAUGCAACCGGACGGGUCCUUCGUCUGGCAGGCGCCAUUCCAUCCUGACGCCAAACUCCCCUGGCUGGACGCAGAGCAUGACGUCGGCCCCGCGAUCCUACAGAUAUUCAAGGAUGGCGUGCAAAAGUGGGGCGACAAGCGUAUAGCCCUGGCGUACGAGCUCCUGUCUCCGCGUGAAGCCUGCGAGCAGUUCGAGAAAGGCGUGGGCCGGCCAGUCCGGUACGUCAGGGGCGAGAUCGAGCUCAAGGUGAAGAUCCCCGAAGGAUACAGGAUACAGCUCGAGGCCCUCGAGAAAUUGUUUGGCCUGGGUGGCGAUGAUCCCGCCAAGCAACCCCCAUACUUCGGCGACAGUGUACUCGAGGAGACCUGCCUCCACGACUCUCUCCAGCUGUGGGAAGGCCCCCGAGGCAUGGAAGAGUACGCGCGUGAGAUCUUCCCGCUGGAGGAGCAUGCCAACGGGCUGAGAUGGAUGGAGGACGACGUUGAGGAUGGGGAAGAAGACCAGGAAGAGGAGGAGUACGAGACGGUUGGAUCUCUUGGCAGAGGUGAGCAUGGGCCUGACGAGGACAGCGAGUCCGAGGAUGAGGUACUGGAGAUGAAGAGACCUGCAAGAGGUGACCAGGAGUGGCUCGCCUAGGGGAUGUCCAGCCGAGACCGGGCCAGCCCGGGGAAGCAAUAAGCUACAGGAGCAGCAGUCUGGCGAGCUCAUGCAGCAAUGGCGCUAUGGCACGAACUCGGUGACGGCCGAGAACACGAAGGAGCCUAAGGAGGGCAGAGCGUGGGCGCAUUUCACGGAGUUGAAAGGGGCGCAUCUGUUGUUCGACGACAUCCUGCCGCCGCCGCACACACACACACACAAACACACAAUGGCGCAGACUUCUUGCAUCGUCACUUCCAUAUCGUACCAUACCAUCGCGGACGGCGUUCCCAAAAGGCCGCGAAACUGCGGUGUGACAUCUGGUUUUUAUCUGGGGCAUUUCAAAACACGGGGUCUGAAAACUUGAAUUAAAUUCUGGAACACUAUUUGGGAAAUGAGAGGCGUGGGCUCUGGACGGAAAAGGUGACCAAAAAGAAAAUGGACAGCAAGUGGCUGCAUGGAGGUUUGAUUUGAUUUGUCUGUCUGUCAGGAUAUUUGAUGUGUCGGGUAUUUUCCUGGAGAUAACUUCCCAGUGGCCACAAGAGGGACAACAGUAUAGCACAUUGGAGCCUACACCAUCUGACACCCUCUCGUAUCUCCUGUGAAAACUGGACAAGAUAGAUCAUCAGCUGUUGGCAAAAAAAAACCCUUCCAAGCAGGCAGGCAGGCAAGCAAGCAGUCUUCA